AUGGAAGUUAAUGAAAGUGACAUUGUUAUAUCCGGAAUAUCUGGACGAUUUCCGAGCUCAAACAACUUAAGAGAGUUCGAGUACAAUCUGUACAAUAAAGUUGAUAUGGUUGAUGACGAUGAAAGUCGUUGGAAGCAUUUUAGUGAUGAAGUUCCACGCAGAUUCGGAAAAAUUCGUAACCUAGAAAAGUUUGAUGCUUCAUUUUUUUCGACCUUGAAUAAACAUGCUAAUUGGACUGAUCCCCAAAUGAGAAUUCUUCUUGAACACGCUUAUGAGUCAAUUUUGGAUGCUGGGAUUUCCCCACAAAGCUUAGUAGGAAGUAAAACAGGAGUAUUUAUUGGUUGGAGUAUGUCAGAUGCUAGAGAUGCAUUCAUUCAUCGAGUUCCACCAAAGGAUGGAUAUGUUGUUUUAGGGAGUGGAGGUUUCUACUUCUCAAACCGAAUAUCGUAUGCUCUUGGCUUAUGUGGACCCUCAAUUACAGUUGAUACUGCGUGCUCAAGUUCAUCUUAUGCACUCGACACCGCAUUUCGUUAUAUGGAAGCAGGUUUGUGCGACUCAGCACUUGUUGGAGGUUCUCAAAUUCUGUUAAAUAUUGGAUCUACAGCAGAGUAUAUGAGAUUAGGAAUAUUAGCAAAAGAUGGUAUUUGUCGUCCAUUUGAUGAAGAUGCAAGCGGCUUCACUCGAGCAGAAUCAAUUUCUGUAUUAUUCUUGCAAAAAAGGAAAGAUUCAAAACGCAUCUACGCAAAUGUUGUGUAUAGCAGUUCCAACAAUGAUGGUUUCAAGAAAGAAGGAGCUUCAUUUCCUUCCAAAAUUAUGCAACAGAAUUUGAUUGAAAGUUUUUAUAAAACCAUCAAAUUUGAUCCUGCAAAUAUCAAUUUUGUUGAAGCACACGCAACUGGUACUAAACUUGGAGAUCCUGAAGAACUUGCUGCUAUUGAUGAAGUAUUUGCAAAACGAACUGGAAGAUCAAAAACAUUGACAAUUGGAAGUGUAAAAUCCAAUAUGGGACAUGCCGAAGCAGCUUCAGGAAUGGCAUCAAUGGCAAAAAUUAUUCUUACAUUUGAAAAUCAGAAGUUUCCACCAAACAUAAACUUGAAAUCACCUCGAUCUGAUGUUGCUGCAUUUGCUGAAGGACGAAUUAAAGUCGCAACAGAAGUUGAGGAUCUUGAUAGUGAAUUUAUUGCAAUGAAUUCGUUUGGUCUUGGAGGUGGAAAUGCACAUUCACUUUUCAGAGGAAAUCCAAAAGUCAAAUCAAAUUUUGGUAUUCCUGAUGACGAACUUGGUAGAAUGGUGUUGUGGUCAGGCAGAACAGAAGCUGCAAUAAAUGCAAUUUUUGAUGAUAUCACACAACGUCCACUUGAUGCUGAACAUAUUGCACUUCUUCAGAAUUCUCAAACACAAACAACAAAUGCCAACACUUAUCGUGGAUAUGGAAUGUUCAUUAAUGACAAAAGUGAAGGAAAAGCAGUUUGUGUGAAGCAAAACAUUCAGUAUUUUAAUGGAUCACGACGUUCCGUUGUAUUUGUGUAUAGUGGAAUCGGAAGUCAAUGGCUUGAAAUGGGACGAGACUUGAUGAAAAUUCCUCUAUUUGCCCAAUCGAUAGAGAAAUGCCAUGGCAUACUGAUGAAUAAAGGAAUCGCCUUGAAGAACAUCUUAACAUCAACUGACGAUGACACAUUCAGUAAUGUCUUGCAUUCAUAUGUUGGAAUUAUUGCAAUUGAAAUCGCACUUACUGACAUUCUGAAGGAAUUGAAUAUUGUUCCUGAUUACAUUAUUGGACAUUCAGUUGGUGAACUAGGAUGUGCUUAUGCUGACAAUUGUUUAACUGUUGAAGAAACACUAUUGGCUGCUUAUGCUCGUGGUGAAGCCAGUAGAGAAUCUCAAACUAUUCAAGGUGCAAUGGCAGCUGUUGGAAUGAAUCAUCUGAAGCUUAAGGAAAUCGUUCCAAAUGACAUUGACAUUGCAUGUCACAAUGGUGAAGACUCAAGCACAAUCAGUGGGCCUGCCGACAGUAUAAAUGACUUUAUUCAAAAACUAAAAGAAGACAAAGUGUUUGCUAAAGAAGUUGCAUGCUCUGGAGUUCCAUUGCACAGCCGAUACAUAAAAGAAAUGGGCCAAAAUUUACAAAACAAAUUAAAGGAAAUAAUCAGUGAACCAAAAAUGCGAUCUGAAAAGUGGUUGAGUUCAACAUAUGCAGAGGAGAUGUGGAAAGAAGAUGAAGCAGCAUAUUGCUCAGUAGAAUAUCAAACAACAAAUCUCUUGAAUCCAGUUCUAUUUAAAGAAGUCACUGAAAUGUUACCAAAAGAUGCAUUGCUGAUAGAAGUGGCUCCAUCAGGAUUGUUAAGAGCUAUUUUGAAAAGGAGUUUACCAGAAGGAGCUUAUGUGAACUUAACUGAAAGGAACUCGAAGGAUGGAUAUAAUCAUUUUGUUGACGGUCUUGGAAAAAUCUUUGAAUAUGGCAUCGACAUGGAUGUUUCAAAGUUAUAUCCACCAAUAAGUUUUCCUGUCUCUCGGGGAACUCCAAUGAUAGCACCUGCCAUUAAGUGGAAUCACGAAGAUGAUCAUUUUGUGCCAUAUUUUGAUUCGUAUAAUACAUUUGAGAGGCGGAACAUUGUCAUCAACAUAAGCGAUAAGCUAUUUGAGUUUGUUCAAGGACAUAUUGUCGAUGGUAGAGUAUUGUUUCCAGCAACUGGUUGGAUUUAUCUUGUAUGGGAAACAUUUGCUGGUAUGAUAAGUGCUAGAUUUGAGGAAAUUAAAGUUGUAUUUGAAGACAUAAGUUUUCUACGAGCUACUCCUUUGAUAAGAAACCAGGAUGUUUUAGUGACUGUUUCAAUUCAUCGAGGCUCAGGAAGAUUUGAAAUAAUCGAAGGAAAUUCACCGAUUGUUCAAGGCUUUAUCAAACAGGUGGAUAAUAUAAAGAUGUCUGAAAUCAAGCCACAUGAUGAUGAUGAUAACACUUUUUCGGCUGAUGGAUUCUAUAGAGAAAUGCGUCUCUGUGGAUUCAUUCAUUUAGGACCAUUCAAAGGUGUGACAGAGAUACAGAUUAAUGGACUGAAAGGAAAAAUUAAGUGGAUGAAAAAUUGGAUAACAUUCUUAGACACAAUAACACAUUUUAACAACAGGAGAACACUUUUAUCUCGAGAUAUGGGCGUUCCAAUUAAGAUCAGAAAACUUAUGAUUGAUCCUAUAUUGCAUUAUAAGAUGCUGGAAGAAAAGAUGAAGCAAUCACAUAUUAAUAAUAAAAGUUCUGAUGUCACAUUCGAUGUUGUUGUCUGUCCAUAUCGACAAAUUAUUAAUGCAGGUGGCAUUGAACUACAAGAGAAGACUAAUCAAAUUAUAUAUCGUCGAAGACCAAACCAACCAUCACUUGAAAUUAGCAAAUUCAUUCCGUUUUAUUGCGAGGAAAAACUAUCUUUGGAAGAUACAGCAAAAAUUAUUGUCCAAAUGAUUGUGGAGAAUAACUCAAAGUUAAAGUUUUCAGCAGUAGAAAUUGAUAAUAACAAUAUAGAUGAAAAACUAUUGUUGAGUGAAUAUAUUACGAAAGCUUUUAGCGGAAUACCUCAAGUGACAUCUGAUUUAGCAUUGUGUACGCAAAAGAAUGAUGUGAACUUGAAAGAUGUGACAAUUAGCACCGAUGACUUUUCAUCUUUCGCAGGAGUUGAUUUGCUAAUUUUAAACAAAUGCAUUGAAAACGAUAGUGUUUUAGAUGAUAUCAGUUCAGUCACCAAUAAUACCGGAUAUAUUGUUUCAAGAGAAGAUCAAGAAUAUUGUGAUCUACCGAGCUAUAAUUAUCAAAUAGUUGCCAAAAUUCGGACAGCAUCAGAAGAAAUAUUCCACAUAAUACAGCUUAAGAAAGAAUCGCAUCUUGAUUAUAAGUCUAUUGAAGUUACUUCCAAUGUUGACGAAUGGCUUAUACCAUUGAAAACUUCCCUCAAAGAAUCCACAACAAUUGUAUAUGCUUACAAUCAGGUGCCAUCAGGACUUUUAGGAUUUUUCAAGUGCCUUAGGCAAGAAUAUCCUGACAAAUUAAAGUGUUUUUUAAUCAUUGAUACCAAAAAUGCACUACCAGCUUUUGAUAUCAACCAUAAAUUCUUCAAGAAUCAACUAGAGCUCAACCAUUCAGUUAAUGUCUUCAAAGAUGGAAAGUGGGGAAGUUACCGGCAUUUAAAUAUUUGCUCAGUUAACAAUUAUGUUCCUAUAUCCUCACAUUGUUUUGCUAGUUGCCUAGUUAAAGGUGAUUUGUCAACGUUCUCAUGGCUUCAAGGUUCAUUUAAUGUCAAUGAUACAAAUUUAGAUCUGGUAAUAAUUCAAUAUGCAUCACUAAAUUUCAAAGAUGUUAUGCUGGCUCUUGGGAGAAUUACUGACAAUCGUGGAAAGAAAGUUUUUGAUCAGGAAUCAUGUUUGGGUUUUGAAUUUUCUGGAAUAAAACAGAAUGGAGAAAGAGUGAUGGGAAUUGGCUCAAAAGCUGGUGCUUUAGCAACUCAUUAUGUCGCCAAUAGUGCAAUUUUAUGGAAAGUUCCUGAUUCUUGGACAUUAGAAGAAGCAGCAACUGUGCCACUCGUAUAUUUUACAGUUUAUUUUGCAUUCUUCAACACAACAACAAUUAGAGCUGGAAAGAAAAUCUUAAUUCAUUCUGGAAGUGGUGGAGUUGGACAGGCUGCCAUUGAAGUUGCGUUCGCUUAUGGAUUAGAAGUGUACACAACUGUCAGCAAUGAAGAUAAGAAAAACUAUUUGCUGCAAAGAUUUCCGAAAUUGAAACCUGAAAAUAUUGGAAAUUCUCGAGACACAACUUUUGAGAAAAUGGUUCUCGAAAAUACAGAAGGCAAAGGCGUCGAUUAUGUAUUGAACUCGUUAUCUGGUGACAAACUGAAAGCUUCGAUUCGAUGUCUUGGAGUGGAUGGAGUGUUUUUAGAAAUCGGAAAAUACGACAUCCAAAUGGGAACGAACCUUGACAUGAAAUUUUUGAGCAAGCGAAUUACAAUAAAGGCAGUCAUUUUCGAUGAUCUAGCAGUUGAUUCCGAUGAAAUGCAGGUUCUAUAUACCCUUGUCAAUAAUGAUCUUAGGUCUGGAAUAAUAAAACCUUUAAAUGCUACAGUCUUUGAUGCAAACAAAAUCGAAGAUGCUUUCCGAUUCAUGACAAGUGGACAACACAUGGGAAAAGUUUUAUUAAAAAUAAGACAAAACGAAAAUGACAAGAGUUCAUUGCCACUUGCUGUUUUGAAAAGAGUCUAUUUUGACGCCAAUGAGUCUGUUAUAAUAUCUGGUGGUCUCGGAGGUUUUGGAGUUGAAUUAACUGAAUGGUUGAUAUCCAGAGGCUGUAAGAAAAUAGUUUUGAGUUCCAGCAGAGGCCUCCGAAAUGCUGAUCAAGCAUUGAAGAUUAAGUUUUGGGAAGCAUUAGAUGUUUCCAUAACUGUAAGUACAUCAAAUAUUGCAACAGAACAAGGAUGUAUAGCAUUGAUUAAUCAGGCUAUGGAAAAAGGACCUGUUGGUGCAAUUUUUAAUCUUGCUGCUGUUCUAAGAGACGGAAUCUUUGAAAAUUUAGACGAAAAAAUGUUUAAUGAAUCUAUGGCACCAAAAGCACUUGGAACCAAAUAUUUAGAUGAAGUUUCCAGAAGCUUGUGUCCAAAUCUGAAGCACUUUGUUGUAUUUUCAAGUGUCUCUUGUGGACGUGGCAAUGCUGGUCAAAGUAAUUAUGGAAUGGCAAACUCAGUCAUGGAAAGAAUAAUAGAGAAUAGACAUCGAGAUGGACUACCUGGUAAAGCUAUUCAAUGGGGUGCCAUAGGUGAUGUAGGAAUGCUUGCAGAUUUUCAAUUGAUUAACGCAGAUAAAGACUUCGGUGGAACUCUUUCUCAAUCAAUUUAUUCAUGCUUAGAAGUUCUUGACACUCUAUUGACGUCGCCUGAUCCGAUAACUUCAAGCAUGAUUGUUGCUGAUAAAAAACUAAAUGAUAUGAAUAAAGGCAACAUAAUUGACAUGAUAUUCAAGAUUAUGGGAAUUCGUGACAAAAAGUCAGUAUCAAUGGAUUCAACACUGACACAACUGGGUAUAGAUUCAUUAACAGGAGUUGAAAUACAACAGAUAAUUGAACGAGAAUUUGAUAUAACAUUAACAUCACAAGAAAUACGAUCUCUAACACUUAAUCAACUUGAAAAACGUAUUUCAUCAAAAGACUCAAACGCUUCGAAGAAUAAAUCGGUAGAUGACGAUACAGCUGAGAAGGUAGAAUGGAUGAGACUUUUAUUAGAAGAUGUUAUUGAUCCAAAAACACUUGAUCUUUUUACCUCGGAAACCAUUGUACAUUCAAACAGUUUGGAAGGUUCAAAAACAAAAAUUCUGAUAAUUCCUGGAUUUUAUGGAUUCGCUUCUAAAGUUUUUCUGAAUCUUGGAAGGGAAAUGAAUUAUCCCACAUACAUUUUACAGUAUGUUAAUUUUGGAGAAUGCAAAACAGUCGAAGAAGUAAUGUUCAAAAUAUCACCAGAAAUUGUGGAAUUUUAUGCGGAUGCUGAGAAAUUUGUGCUAGUUGGACAUUCAUUCGGAGCUAUUUUAUCUCUUAAGAUAGCAAAACUUUUGGAAGAAAACGGAAAAACAGGACAAAUAAUCCAACUGGAUGGAUCUCCAGCGUAUAGCCAUGAGUAUGCACUGCAGUAUUCAAACGAAGAUCAUUUCUCAGAUAUGAGGAACUAUAUAGCUAUGAUGCUUUUCAAAUUUUAUCAAAAGCUCGUUAGCCAUAGUACUUCUAAAGCUGCAUUUGACAGUCAUUCUUACUGGGUAGAUAGAUUAAAAGAAUUGGUUUCUCUUGCUGGAGAUGCAAUUCCAAUGUCACAUGAACAAAUGAUUGCAAAAAUUUCAUCUGCGUAUAUAAAUCGAUUAAACAUUGCAGUCAACAUUCAAAAAGAAAAAUUUGCAGCAUUAGAUUCCACUAUUAUUUCUUUAAUUAAAGCUACAAAAACGUCAGUUACUGAGUUACCGAUGGAUUAUAGACUGUCACAAUACACCACAGAAGAAGUAGCAAUAAGAUUUGUUUUUGGAGAUCAUGUAACAAUCCUUCAGAAUACAGAACUUGCAAGUGUUGUUAGAGAAUUGAUUUCUGUUUAAAUUUAUAUUAAAUUUUGUUUUAUUUUAUUUGGUGUUGGCAAGAAUUUUACAAAAUAAAAUGCAUUAAUCAGCUAAGCAAUUUCAUAGUAUUUGUCAUAACGUUUAUUUAAGAUUUAAAUGAUAUUUGUGCCAUUUUAGUUGUAUGCCCCGUUUUAUAUUUUCAAUAAAUUGGUUUCAGAGUUGUGACAACACUGUUUUAUCAUGUGAGGGCCGUUCACUUAUUACGUUCGCAUUUAAGGGGGGAGGGGGGGGGGGGGGUGUGUCAAGAAGUAUGUAACGUUGCCUGUCUUUUAAAAAAAAAGUUCACGAAAAAAAUUUGUUUACAAAUUCACAUCAAAAACAUUUUUUUAAAAUUUUCCACCUUUUUAUGAUAAAAUAAAUUAUGAACGUUCA